CCCCUUUGGCUGACUGGUUCUGCUCACUCACCCCAACCACCCAAGACAGGGACCGCUGCAGCUGUUCCGCUGGAUUCACCACCCGCUGAUUCCGCCCGUCGUGGAAAGAAAGGGAGGGUUCUUUUGGACGGUUAUACAAUUUUCUUCUGCUAGUGAGACGGUUAGUGGUUAUAAGAAAGGGCACGAUUGCUGUGAAUUUUGGCGAGGAUUUAUUGAUUUGCUUUAGUUUUUCGCUAAGCGGCGUGUUGUGGAUCCUCUUGGGCACUAUUAGGGUGCUGCAUUGCGUGGUAGUGGCUGUAGUCGACCUGACCCUCGUUCACACCCCAAUUGAUUAGGGUUCGGAACAGUCGGAAGUGUGUGAAGAUCUUUGAAAAGUAGUACACAAAUUACCCAAGUCACCUUCGGAAAAAGAAUUAUUAGAAAUGGCUGUGCUGCAAUCGAUAAUCCUGGCCAGUGUCCUGCUGCUGUCAUUCGUUGUGCAAAGAGGUGAUGCUAUUCGGUGCUAUGUGUGCAACAGUGCCGACGAUUCAAUGUGCUCGUACGACACCCCACCGGCGGACAUGCAAACGGACUGCGAUUCCUAUAAGGACGGCAACAAGUACACCUUCUGCCGGAAGAUCAUUCAGUCGAUUGAAUUUUCCGUCAAUAACCUUCCACCAGACACCAGAGUAAUCCGUGGCUGCGGAUGGGAUGAAUCGUCCUAUAAGGGCAAAUGCUAUCAGCGUUCUGGCUUCGGAGGUCGUCAGGAGGUCUGUGCCUGUUACGAAGACAACUGCAACGGUGCAUCAUCGGUGCAGGUCACCCUCGGACUGGUGUUGGUCGCCGCACUCGCAUUCUUAGUUCGUGCUUAAUCUCAUUGAGCGAGUGCAACUUGAGAAGAGGGCCACAGUUGUGGGAUCGUCGAUAGCAGCUUUAUUAUUGUAUUUUUAUUUAUCUAUUGGUAGUGCUACGAAAAGAACAGGUAACACCCCCCUGUAUCCAAGUUUUCGGUUUUUGCCAAUUUAUCGCUGUGAUUUUCUCGAAUUCUGUUCUGUUCGGAAAGUGGAAAUAAUGCGACGUAAAAAUUAAAUCAAAUAGUUCGAAUUCUAGGUAUUUUCGAAUUUCUGGAUAACAGUAGCAUAAGACAAAAUGAAUUCAACACGAACCGAGUUCAGUAGUUGAGCUGAAUAAUUAACAUGAAUAUCUGAUCAAUUAGACAGCCAGCGAUAAUGAUCAAGCGAACAAACAUCCAUUGACGAAGAAACAAAUACUGUUAAAUAGUAAAUAGAUUUAUUUUUUUAAUUAUAUCGCUACAUAGUAUUGUUAGAGGCUAGGUUCAAAUCACAUCUUUCUGUAAUAGUACUGUAUUUGGAAAUUUUCCAUGGAGGUUGCUGGAUUUGGCUAGUUGAUGAAUGUUCAAACUUGCGGUUGACUCGUCUGACUGAAUUCUGGCGUCGGUUCCGUCCCGAUCAAAUCAAAGCAACCACAUGUGUUCGUUUGGUUAAGAUGGCGUUCGGUCAGAAUGUGUUGUUUGGAAGUUGGCUACACCACAUCGGUAAGAAUUCUAGUCAAGAUCUGGUUCCAUGGAGAGUAAUCUUUUGUAAAUAUUUGUACUCUAGUAUAUGGGCGUUCUGGUUUUAAGUUCAUUAGCGAGCGCAGCGUAGUUAUUAAGAAUACCGAUUCCGAAAUUAUUGAUUAUAAGCAUUUUAUUGAAAACAGUCAACCACUAAAACACCGAAGAAACAAUAAAGUUCAUUAUCGAAAAGCAAAAUAGUUAUUUUAAUUGUCAUUAUUUCCGGAAAUAAGAAUGCUUUGUGUGGAACAGCAAAAUACGAUACAUUGAAGCAGCGCUGCCAGAAAUCGGUUUUAGUCGUGGAACAUGCUAGUCAGAAUUAUGUAUACUGUAUCAAAGACAAAUACUGGUCCGUAGAUUUUACGGGAUGGUACAGAUUAGGGACAAGGAAUUGUCUACUAAAAUCCUUAUAAAUACUAGUAUGCUAAGGAAAUUCGGAUGAAGGGUUUCUACUAGCGGCAAUAGACUGUUAUUAGAAGGAUGAGAAACUUCUAGUCGACAAAAACCUUGUAUGGCCCUCGACAGCAAAGAAGUCAUCACUUCUACCAGUCUAGUACACAUUAUUGAAAAGGAUCUACACCCACAAAUUAAUUCUACCAGUAGAUAGCAAGCACUCCACCAAUUUGAGCUGUCUUUUUCACCUAGUUCCAAAUAAUUUGAAUUCCUUCUGUUUAGCCCGUAGAGAAAAUUCCCUACCAAGAAUCAAAAGAUUAAUUAUAUUUUAUCAGAUGUGUUUGUUUUGGAAGAAAACCAAGAAAAAGUGGUAGAGUUUUAAUAUUUAAAUAGUGUUACGUAAGAAAACAAAUAUUUAAAAAAUAAACGAAACAAUAUACUGCUUUAUACGCUGAUAAAAUCGAACUAUUAAUGAUACAAUGUUAGAGAUAAACAAAAGAAUUGUUUUCAGAUGAAAUCAUAAAGAUUACGAUUACGAACAUGUAGAAUUAAGCAAAAAUAAUAACAAAAAUAAGAACGAUAGAAAACCACUCCGAUGUUGACUCAUUUUCUGAUUUAUUUUCCAUUGAUCCAGUUACGGCCGAUAGCUGUCUUGAAGGGUUGUUCAGCUGUAACGAUCCAGCAAAGACAUAAAUAGGCCAACAAAAAUUUCUCCAUUUUCCAUGGGCUGGGUACAUCGCUAAAUGCUCAGCUCAAGUCAUCCAUUCGGCCUAUUCCAAUAUUAAGUAAUCUUUACUACAAAUCAAACGUUUGCGUCAAAUGUUUCUCGUUCACUAAACCCUGGACCUAAAGAUAAUAAAUGGAAAGUAAAGGAACAAAUUAAGCUGCCAGCGAUCAAUGGAUGUAAGGUAUUUCAAAAAGAGUUUCAUUCCAGGGAAAUAUUUUUCAUGAAAUCGCAUAAAUUUCAAACAAACAAACCAAGCUGAAAACUAAUGACAAAGAUUACAACAGGAACGGAACCAUAUAGGAAAUAAAUGGAAACAUUUGGCUUUUAGUUCUUCGACAAAA